AUGAAUAAUAGUUCAACACAGCAGCAGCAACAACAACAACAACAACAACAACAACAACGAACUUAUUUGAGGACUUCAUAUUAUUGUAAUACUGAUGAAUCAUCGAUUACAAAUCGAACAAAUACUCAUAUAGUAUCAAUAAACGAUAAAAAUGAAUCAUUUGUUCAUUUUAACACAAUACGCACUGAUGAAGUUAACGUUACUGGUACGGACUAUCAAAAUACUAAUUCUAUCGAUUCAUAUAGUGAUGAAAUGUUGUCAUCAUCAUUACCUUAUCAAACAUCAAAUACACAUUGGAAUCCAGUCAUUAGUGCAUCAACAAGAACACCGAUUAUAAUUAAUUCAUCACAACAAAAUUCUAUUACUACAAAUACAUCAUCAUCAUCAUCAUCAUCAUCACCUUCAACGUCAGGUUGUUGGGAUUGGUUACUUUAUUCACCCGAUAUUUAUUCUCAUUUAUAUAUACCUUCAUCGUCUUUCUUUCAACACCAACAAGAAGAAGAUGAUGAUCUUGAUCUAUUGGCGAGAUUACCAACAUGGUUACUCGUUUUACUUUAUCCAUCUAUGAAACAAAAUCAUACAAUGGACGAUGAGAAUGAUAAUGAUCAAGAGAUUACUUCUCUUAAUAAUACUAAUAAUAAUAAUUAUCAUGACGAGGCAUUAUUAUCGAUGAAUAUCGAUAAACAAGUUAAUCAAGUCUCGUCAAAUUUAUCCUUAUCGUCCGAAAAUACUCUUAAUUGUCAAAAUAUAGAACAAAAUCGUUCAUCAACACCUGAUACAGAUGAUGGUUAUCAAUCAGCUAGUGAUGCUAGUCGUAGUGAUUGUUCACAACAAUCAUCUUUACAAUAUGAUCAUCAUAAUAGUAAAGAUGAUAUUACAAAUAAUACGUCAUCAACACUUAUACCAAAACGUAUAUCUUAUGCAGCUGCUGUAAAACCCAUAGCAUCAUCAAUAAAUAAUAAUAAUAAUAAUAAAAUAAGUUCGUUAUCAACAUCAAUUCUUAAAACAAAAAAUAAUUCUUCAUCAUUAACAAUAAAUGAUGUGUUAAAUAAUAAUAAUAAUAAUAAUGGUCAGAAAUUAAAAUUUGUUGCACCACGUUUUGAACGAAUGCAUCAUGCUAAACAAUAUUCAUCUUCAACAACAACAAUUAAAGAUUCAUCAUCAUUGACAAAUCGAGCACAAAUUCGUUCGAAUAAUAAUAACAAUAAUCAACGUAAUCAUAUUAAUAAUUCAACAAGACGUCGUUAA